GACGCGGCGCCCCAGGCGGGGCGCGAGGAGCCCUCGGAGAGCGGCCUCGGCGCGGAGACGUCGGAGGCCGUGUCUGCGGACAGCAGCGACGCCGCCUCGGCCCCCGGCCUCCUGGCGCAAGCAGACGACUCGGGCGUGGGUCAGAGCUCGGACAGCAGCGGGGUCUCCUUGGAAGAGGUGUCCGAGAGCAGCUCCAGCACAGAUGCAAUUCCCCGGAUUUACCUGCCAGAUUCUUCCUCCAUUGCCCAGUCUACCCUGGUCUCCAGUGUCUCCACAGUGAGCCAAUCCAUCAUGGUGUCAGAGUCCCCACAGGUCUUGGUUCACUCCAGCGUCAUCACUGACGGAGCCACAAUUGUGUCAGACUCCACUGCAUCCACUUCCUCAGACCUAGGUUCUGCUAUAGACAAAAUCAUCGAGUCUACAAUUGGGCCUGACAUCAUCCAGAGCUGCAUCGCUGUGACGAGCGCUGAGGAUGGUGGUGCAGAGACUACGCAGUACCUCAUUUUGCAAGGACCUGAUGACGGUGCCCCCAUGGUGUCCCAAAUGGCCACUUCUGCUCUGGCCAAUAGCUUGGCGAUAGAAGCUGUUGCCGAGGGACCAACCUCCACGUGCCUUGACCAGCCAGGCCCUUCUGAGCAGUCUGAAGUACUGGAGCUGCCCACACAGCCAGAUCAGGUCCGAGAGGCAGAUGGUGGGGAGGAGCUGGAUCAGCCAGACAUGGAGACCUUGGAAGAGAUGAUGGAGGUGGUGGUGGUGCAGCAAUUCAAGUGCAAGAUGUGUCAGUACAAGAGUGUCUCCAAGAAAACGCUAAUCAAUCACAUGAAAGAGCGGCACUUCCAGCCAGUGGCUUCAGCUUUGGCUUUGAAGAAGGGGCGUCCGCGGAAAGGGGGUCCUGCUCCAAAGACUGCAGAGGAGGAGGUCCCAGAGGAAGAAGAUGAUGAUGAUAUCAUGGAUGCUGGUGCUAUUGAUGACCCUGAAGAGGAUAGUGACUAUAACCCAGCUGAGGAUGAGCCUCGUGGACGACAGCCCAAGUACAGCCGCACUGUCCCCACGUCCAGUGAGGAGAGGCCACGGCGACGCCCAGGGAGACCCCGCAAGUUUCCUCGUCUGGAAGACAUGCCUCAGGACGUGCCUGAAGGAGGGGAGGUGGAGCCCUUAGUGACAUCCCAAAGCACGCAGAGCUGUGAACUGCAGAACUCAGAAGCAGCCAGUUCCUCUGGACUGGAGAACGGGACCAGCGAGAGCCUGGCAGAGCCCAGCAUUAGCCAGUCUGACUCUGAGAACAAGGAUCCUUCCUCCAACACCGGCCCCGAGGAGGCGGAUGUCAUCCCCAGGAGGCGAGGCCGGCCCUCUCGCCGCUUCCUGGGCAAGAAAUACCGCAAGUACAUGGGGCGCAGGUACUACUAUAAGUCACCCAAGCCUCUGAUGAGGCCAUAUCUGUGUCGGAUCUGUGGCUCACGUUUUCUCACACAUGAUGAUCUGCGCUUCCAUGUCAACUCACACGAGGCCAAUGACCCACAGCUCUUCAAGUGUCUUCAGUGCAGCUACCGCUCCCGACGCUGGUCCUCCCUCAAGGAACACAUGUUCAACCAUGUGGGCAGCAAGCCGUACAAGUGUGAGGAGUGUAAUUAUACCAGUGUGUACAAGAAGGACGUCAUCCGCCACUCCACAGUACACAGUCGGGACAGGAAAAAGAGAGCUGAUCCGCCCCCAAAGCUGAACUCCUUCCCGUGCCCUGUAUGCAAUCGUAUCUACCCCAUGCAGAAGAGACUUACUCAGCACAUGAAAACACAUAGCACGGAGAAGCCGCACAUGUGUGACAAGUGUGGGAAGUCCUUUAAGAAGCGCUACACCUUCAAAAUGCACCUGCUGACACACAUCCAGGCCAUUGCUAACCGCAGGUUCAAGUGCGAGUUCUGCGAGUAUGUCUGCGAGGACAAAAAGAUCCUGCUGAACCACCAGCUGUCGCACAUGAACGACAAGCCCUACAAGUGCAGCUUCUGCAAGUACUCCACCUUCCGGGAGGACUUUCUGGUCUCGCACAUGGCUGUCAAGCACACGGGAGGGAAGCCGUUUGCUUGUGAGUUCUGUCACUUCACCACAAAGCAUAAAAAGAACUUGCGUCUCCAUGUGCACUGCCGGCACGCUGACUGCUUUGAAGAGUGGGCACAGCGGCAUCCCGAAGAGCCGCCCUGCCGCCGCCGCCCCUUCUUCACCCUGCAGCAGAUCGAGGAGCUGAAGCAGCAGCAUAGCCAGGUGCAGGCCCCUGCUGAGCCAGAGCCUAGCCCCCCGGUCCCUCUUGGCCCUGUGACCUACCAUGCGGUCCAGGCUCUCCCAGGAGCAGAGCCCCCCAUUCUUUCCCAGGAUUCCCUGGGAGGGGCCACCAUCAUUUAUGAACAAGGUAGAUCCAAGAACAAGGUGGAGGGGACUGGGGGGAAUGUGGGCGAGCGCUGUGUCUCACUCCCUCUUUCUGACCCUGACAGGUGUGGCACUCAGCGAGAGCUGGCCACAGGCUCUCUGCAGGUGGCAGUGGUGAAGCCGGAUGACUCAGGAGAAGUGCAGGCAUCAGGUGAGUCACAGACAGAGGAGGAGGGGGCAGAGAUGGAUCACUCCGAGCAGCAGCAGCAGCAGCAGAAGGUGGUGACGCUGCACAUGGCAGAGCCUGGGGAGACGCUGGUGCAGGAGGCUUAUGAGGAGGCGACCUUGGGUGGCUCAGAGCUGCAGCAGAUCACUAUCCCCUUUGGUGGGACAACAGAGUACAGCAUCAUUACCCCCAUCAGCGAGGAGAUCCAGGCUCCAGGCACACUAUACAGUGAGGAGGAAAGCCCUACAGAGACCUCUCAUGCAGUCGUGGUGAGCGAAGCUGUGAUGACUGAAGCUCUGAAGGACCAUAACAAUCACUAUAUCAUGUCAUCCAGUGUCCCAGGGAAUCAGUUCCAUCACAUUGAGCCUCUCAGUGGAGACACUGCCUUUCCCUCACCAGCAGAGGGCCAGGAGGCACAGGCUGCUGGUGUCAAGUGGCCUUUGGUGCAGUGUGUCACCAGGCAGCUCCAGAAGGAUUCAUCUUUGUCCCCAGCCUCCGAAGGGCGGGAAAUCUCAUCCCCAAAGGUCAAGUGGCCUGCACUCCCAGGCAUGGCCAAGAAGCUCUCGUGCAAGGUUUCUACAGCCAAGAAGCUCUCAUGCAAGAUUUCCACAGCCAAAAAGUUUUCAUGCAAGAUUUGCACAGCCAUGUUUACAGGGAGAGCAGAAAUGGAGAGUCACAAGAGAGCCCACAUUGGGCCCAGCACCUUCAAGUGUCCUGACUGUCCGUUCACUGCAGCUCUCUGGCCAGAGGUUCGGAGCCACAUGGUUCAGCAUGCCAACCUUCGGCCACACAAGUGCACCCACUGCAGCUUUGCUUCCAAGAACAAGAAAGACCUGCGCAGGCACAUGUUAACACACACCAACGAGAAGCCCUUUGCCUGCCAGAUCUGUGGGCAGAGGUUCAACCGUAAUGGGCACCUCAAGUUCCACAUGCAGCGUUUGCACAGCUCGGAGGGGAAGAGGCCUGGGGCACCUGCAGCUGCUGCCCAGCAGACCAUCAUUCUGAACAGUGACGAGGACACGCUGGCCACCCUGCAGACGGCUCUGCAGUCUGGUCAGGCGGUGCUCGCUCCCGAGCGCCUGCAGCAGGCUCUGGGACAGGAACACAUCAUCGUUGCUCAGGAGCAAAGCAUCGCAAGCCAGGAGGAGGCUACAUACAUCCAGGAGAUCACAACUGCUGAUGGACAGACAGUACAGCACUUAGUGACAUCCGACAACCAGGUUCAGUACAUCAUUGCCCAGGAUGGCGUACAGCACUUGCUUCCCCAUGAGUAUGUUGUUGUCCCAGAGGGACAUCACAUCCAGGUACAGGAUGGCCAGAUCACCCACAUCCAGUAUGAACAGGGCAGCCAGUUUCUCCAGGAGCCACAGAUCCAGUAUAUGCCUGUCUCACCUGAGCAGCAGCUUGUCACUCAGGCUCAGCUGGAAGCAGCUGCACACUCGGCAGUCACAGCAGUGGCUGAUGCCGCGAUGGCCCAGGCCCAGGGCAUGUUCACCGCAGAGGCAACGGCCGAGCAGAUCCAGCAGCUGCAGCAGGGGAUCCACUACGAUGUCAUCACGCUGGCAGAUUAGCAGCAGGGACAGGCCUGGCUGACGUUGACGUUCUCGGCCAUCGGUGCUGCAUCAAGGCAGCUGCACUGUGCAGAAGCCUCCACAGCCAGCAGUUGCCUUAUUGCUUUGGGGCUACAAGGGACGUGCCUGAGUACCCGCUGGUGGGGUUGUGCUGCUGCUCUGCUGUGCGCAGCAAGGGGUCCUGCGCAUCCUCCCCUGGCACAGGCAGCUGCCUCUUGAGCAGGGACUGCUCACCAGCCAGGGCGCUGAGGCAGGCUGAGCGGUGGCAGCACUCUGAUGUGGCUGGUCUCUGUGCUUGUUGCACUUGAUGGUCUGAAAUCCCUUUUCCUGAAUCAUGUCUGUGUGGGCCAAACUCAAACCAGCGUCCGCCUGGCACGCGAGGAUCCUGGGUGAGAGACAUGGGGCCGAGCACAGCCACGUGGUACGGUGUGAUAUGUGGGACAUGUUCAGCCUCAGCCAUGUGCUCCCCGCUCCUCAGCUGUGGAGUGUGUGGUCCUGGUAUGAAAGCAGCCUUCCUUCCCUUGGCUUUUCCAGCCUGCAGGCAGGCAUCAGUAGGGCUUUGGACUGGCGGAACCCACAAUAGGAAGAGGCAUAGGUGGAAGAUCUUCUGUUUUUCUUCUGAAGAGGGAUGGACUCUGCUGCAGAGUUGGUUUGUAGGUGGUUAUGGGAGGGGUUCGAUUCUGACAUUCUCAAGCUUUGAAUAUGCUUAUGAAUAAAAAGGGAUUGAAACCUG